AUGAAACUUCAUAUCACUAAGUCUGUCCUGUUAUCAUCUGGCGCUGUUCUACUUGCCUUAGUGCCAGGUGCCACGGCAGACUGCGCACUACCCUCCACUUACAGUUGGACAUCAACCGGUGCACUGGCAAGUCCCAAGUCAGGAUGGUCGGCGGUCAAGGACUUCACCAAUGUGGUCUACAAUAACCAGCAUCUUGUGUAUGCGUCAACCACAGAUACAUCAGGGAGCUAUGGGUCGAUGAAUUUCGGUCUUUUUUCGGACUGGUCUAACAUGGCAUCCGCGAGUCAGAAUGCAAUGACACACGGAACUGUUGCACCUACACUCUUCUAUUUUAAGCCAAAGGACAUUUGGAUCUUGGCCUACCAAUGGGGCUCAACCGCCUUCUCAUACCGAACAUCAAGUGAUCCCACCAACACUAAUGGAUGGUCAUCCGAGAAACCGCUUUUCUCUGGAACUAUCUCUGACGCUAAUGCCGCAUUCCUUGAUCAGACAGUCAUUGGCGACAGUACGCAUAUGUAUAUAUUCUUUGCUGGGGACAAUGGCAAAAUUUACCGAGCUAGCAUGCCUAUUGGUAAUUUCCCAGGCGACUUUGGUACGCAAUUCGAGGUGAUCCUCACUGACACCACCAACAACUUAUUCGAAGCCGUCCAGGUGCACACUCUUAAGGGCCAAAACAAAUACUUAAUGCUUGUCGAAGCUAUUGGAUCGGAUGGUCGUUAUUUCCGCUCAUUCACUUCGGACAACCUGGGCGGUUCAUGGAAAGUGCAGGCAGGAACCGAGAGCAACCCUUUUGCUGGAAAGGCCAACAGUGGCGCCACUUGGACCAAGAUAUUAGCCAUGGGGAUCUGGUGCGCACGAACUCUGACGAAACAAUGA